GUAAGGGAUGGUUCCGAUUCCCACCAAAAAAUUCAUAUAUUAAUACUUCAUUGCUAUCAUUUGAAUCAAGUCUCCGAAGCAUUUGCUCCGCCGGUCGCCUCAGCUUGUCGUCGUCUUCGUCCUGAAUUCCCACCCGCUUUUCACUGAGCGAGAAUAUUAGCUUGCCAUGCCGGCGGCUCCACGGCGGCUCCAUUCACGGCGGCGCUUGCUGCUAUUGUGGUUUCUGCUAGAGGUUGGAUUUGAAGCGGAGAUUGUUCGAGCGCAGACAGCUAAUGCCACCACCGAUCCUGUUGAAGCAAGAGCUUUGAACACGGUAUUCGAACAAUGGGGAAUUUCUGCCUCGGCUCAAUGGAAUAUCAGUGGAGAAUUGUGUAGCGGGGCUGCCCUCGAUCCAAACCCAACCCUUAAUCCGGGUAUUAAAUGCAAUUGCGACGACAAUAACGGCACUACUUGCCACAUUACUAAUCUGAGAGUAUAUGAAUUGGAUAUUUCGGGAACAAUUCCUGAUGAUCUUUGGAAUUUGACCUAUCUAACUGAUCUAAAUUUGGGACGAAAUUAUUUGACAGGUCCCCUUUCUUCAUCCAUUGGACGUCUUACUCACAUGAUGUACUUGAGCUUAGGUCCAAACAGAUUUUCAGGUGAGAUUCCCAGGGAACUUGGAAUGAUGCUUAAUUUAAGAUCACUGGGAAUCAGUGUGAACAACUUCACAGGUUCUUUACCAUCCGAGCUAGGGAACCUAACAAGAUUAACCCAAAUAUACUUUGAUAGUUCUGGAGUCAGUGGUCGAAUACCGGAAACAUUUGCUAGACUACUGAGCCUGGAGACAAUGUGGGCAUCAGAUAAUGAACUCACAGGGCAAAUACCGGACUUUAUUGGGAAUUGGUCUAACCUUGUUCGAUUGAGGCUUCAAGGAAAUUCAUUUCAAGGUCCAAUACCACAAACAUUUUCCAAUUUAACCUCUAUGACUGACUUGAGAAUAAGUGACAUAUCUGAUAGGGGCACUUCACUAGACUUCCUUAGAAACAUGACUUCUCUAUUUUCCCUAGUUCUAAGAAACAACAACAUUUCUGGUUCCAUACCCUCAGAUUUUGGUGCUUUACAGCGCAUGACACUUUUGGAUUUGAGCUUCAACAAUCUAACAGGAAGAGUGCCAGAUUCACUUUUCAAUCUCAGCUCCCUCACUCACUUGUAUCUUGGCAGUAACAAGCUAACUGGGACACUGCCAUCCCGAAAAAAUCCAACUCUCCAAUAUAUAGAUUUAUCUUACAAUGAAUUAUCAGGAAGCUUUCCGUCUUGGCUCGGCGAGCAGAACUUACAACUUAAUUUGGUUGCCAACAACUUCACCAUUGACAAGUCAAAUAGCAGUGCCUUGCCUUCUGGUUUGAAUUGUCUUCAAAGGAAUUUUCCCUGCCAUCGAGGAUCACCUAUUUAUUCUAGCUUUGCAAUUAAAUGCGGCGGGGAGCAGAUUACGACUGCAGAUCAGGUUGUAUAUGAAUCGGAUAAUGAGACUCUUGGACCAGCAACACAUUACAUGACUGGAACUGAAAGAUGGGCAGUUAGUAACACUGGUGCUGAUAGUGAGAAUCCAAGAUACACAAUCUCCUCCUUGAUGCCAUUUACAAAUACUCUGUAUACAGAUUUGUUCAGAACUGCUCGAGUCUCGGCUGGAUCAUUAAGGUACUAUGGCUUAGGACUGGAAAAUGGUAACUACACUCUGAUUCUCCAGUUUGCAGAGUCGGAAAUUGUAGAAAGUAGGACAUGGAGGAGCCUCGGCAGGCGACUUUUUGACAUAUAUAUCCAGGGGAAAUUGGAGGAAAAAGAUUUCGACAUAAGAAGAGAGGCUGGAGGAGUUUCUGCAAGAGCUGUUGUGAAGCAGUUCAGAGUUGAGGUCUUGGAAAAUCAUAUUGAUAUACAUCUGUUUUGGGCAGGAAAAGGGACUGUUUCUAUACCUAAUGAAGGCACAUAUGGACCUUCAAUUUCAGCAAUAAGUGCUUCGCCUGCCGAUUUCAUUCCUAGUGUUUCAAAUAUUCCUCCCGGUGGGAAGGGGAAUCGAACCAUUCCUAUCGUAGCGAUUGUUGCUGGCGUUGUAGCUGUUGUCUUGCUUUGUGUGGUUGCAGUAUGCUACGCAGUCUGGCGAAGAAAGAAACAGAAACAAUUGGAGAACGAAGAGUUUCUGGGCAUGGUCGCUCGACCCUCUACAUUCAGCUACACCGAACUUAGAACUGCAACCGAUGACUUCCAUCCUUCUAAAAAGCUCGGUGAGGGCGGAUUCGGACCUGUUUACAAAGGAACACUUGGAGAUGGAAGAGCAGUUGCUGUUAAGCAGCUCUCCGCGGGAUCUCACCAAGGGAAGAGCCAGUUUAUAGCCGAGAUCGCUACUAUUUCUGCCGUCCAGCAUCGCAACCUUGUUAAGCUCUACGGCUGCUGCAUCGAGGGAAAUAAACGGCUGCUGGUAUACGAGUAUCUAAAGAACACGAGCCUCGACAAACUAUUGUUUGGAGGAGGAAGUGGAGCUUUGUUUCUCAACUGGAGUGUGCGAUACGACAUAUGCAUGGGAGUGGCGCGAGGCCUCGCCUAUCUCCAUGAGGAAUCUCGACCGCGAAUUGUUCACAGAGAUGUUAAGGCCAGCAACAUUCUGCUCGAUUCCGACCUCACCCCUAAGAUAUCUGAUUUCGGGCUGGCCAAACUGUACGACGACGAAAAGUCGCAUAUAAGCACCCGAGUCGCCGGCACAAUUGGAUAUCUUGCUCCCGAAUACGCCAUGUUUGGACAUCUCACUGAGAAAGCCGACAUUUUCAGCUUUGGAAUCGUGGCCCUCGAGAUCAUCAGUGGUAGGCCGAGUUCGGACCCGACCUUGAAAGACGAGAUGAUGUAUCUCCUCGAAUGGACUUGGGACCUUCAUGAAAAGAAUCAAGAGCUCGAUCUGCUCGACUCGACUCUACUCGAAUACAAUGCGGAUGAAGCUGCAAGGCUUAUAAGUGUAGCUCUUCUAUGCACUCAAGCAUCCCCGGUAUUGCGCCCGGCUAUGUCCCGUGUUGUGGCUAUGCUGGCCGGAGAUAUUGAGGCGGCUCCUGUGACUACCCGACCGGCUUACUUAACCGAUUGGAGGUUCAGCGACGUAACCACAUUCAUGUCGUCGUCGAUCACCGGGUAGCUCGACCAAGGUUUGUUCACUUUGUAUUUUUUGUCAGUAGUUUAGUUUUUUGAUAAAUUAAUUAGACAAAAUUGUCUAUAAUUUGUCUAUGAUUUAAAAAUAAUAGGAUUCUGUAUGGUUUAUAAAUCAUUAAAGUACAUGGAGUAAACUUUCUAACGUACAGGCAAGUUAAAAGUAAUUUUCCGAAAUAGUUAUUAGAUAGUAAAAUCAUUAUUACUAUAGUUUUGAUAGAAAUUCGAUUGGUGUGGUUUUGAAAAAUGGCAAAUAAGAAAGAAAAGAAAGUGCAAGGGCAAGGGUAAGGGCAAUGUCUUGACCUUUUCUUUAUGAAUUUAUUACAUUUUUGACUGAUCGUUUAUUCAACUCCGUUGACGUUGCCACUUGUGGAGCAUCAACAUGUAUUGGUCAUAUUUGUCUCGGUUGUACGUGGAAUUUAAAACUUGAAU